AUGAAGAUAUACAGGGCUGAGACCGGCCGACAUGUGCGUUGGUCCAGCCAAAAUGCCACCAUAGAUAGUCUCGAACAAUUUAAGCGCACCAUUGAAGAAAGUACCGGUGUGCCGAUUGACUGUCAGAUUCUGAUGACCAGUUUUGGAACUCAAGUCAAAGCGAGCCAGCUGGAAGAAGUUAUCACUGCCACUGGAGAUAAAGAGUAUUUGGUGUUUGUCUACGAUCGACACUACUUGAACGCAACAGAAGACGAAGUGAACAAGUUACUCGACUUGGAAACGCCGAGCCUUGAACAGAAAGUUCCUCCCUUUGAUGAACCCUCUUCAGUCCACGCAUUGGCACGUGCCAAAGGCAUUGCUGGCUCAACCCUUUCAGACACAUGUCAGCUUUAUCUGGAACUCUUUGGCAGCUUUGACGCCUAUAGCCAAAUUUUGAUCCAGGCACUAUCAACCCAUGCCCGACUGUCAAGGAAUGCGGUGGAGGAACAAAAGAUGCAGAGCAUGGCAAUAAAUGUUGCCAUGACCAACCUCGAGUCGCAUAGCUACAUGGCCAAUCAAAAUGUUGGCUCGUUCUCUUCCUUUGCCGAAAAAGAGCUUGCCACUCAAUCUUCACUUGUUGAGACAACUGAAAUCAACCUGACUAUCUUACAGAAUAUUCGAGUACAUCCGGAAAUUAUGCGCAGCAUCGUCAACCCAAGUACAGCAAUGACAGCUCCUGAAGAGCGACUACUCAUUCACUUUAUCGACACAGUUCGUAUCGACAAGGCUAAGAACGGGACUCGUGAAUUAUGCACAUCGCUGGGCCAAGAGCUGCAGGAGCUACACGACUUGGCCAUGGACAUCAACCGUUAUGAAAAGGACCUGCAAAAGCAAAUUACAGAGGAUCAGGACUUGCACUCACUCGAUGCUGUCGCAUCAGACAUUCAAGAAAUUCUACAAAAGGCACAAUUCUUGCGGGAAAAGAUCAAGCGUGAUUUGAGUCGAGUACACAGCAAAAUAUCCGAACUGCUCCAUGUCCCGGUAUCCUUUCUUGCUGCUAACAACAGCAACAACAAUAACAAUAGCAUUGCCGGAAGCGGUGUUAUACGGGAUCAAGGAUCGACGUCAGCCCUCGGUGGAGAUUUUGGCUCUUACUCUGGAAGCCCUACCAGCCCAACACUGACAUCGCAUGCCAAAAAGACACUCGAAGCAUUCAGCCAUCUCGCCGAAAUACACGUCAACGACUACUUACCCAAAUUACAUGCAUACGAAACCAGCAUUCGGCAGAAAGUCGUUACAUUAGUUCUAGCAAAACGGAAAAGUAUCGAGCAGUUCCUGGAAAACAUGGGCAUUGUUUCUCAACUCCAGAGUGAAAUUGCUGCUGUUGCACCACGGAUAGAGGAUGCAAAUAAAUGGAUCUCGGAUUUUCAAGCAGAACGAUGUGACGGAGACUUGGAAGCACUCCAAGAAGUGAUAUUUGCCUACGGAUAUCUCCUUAUUGAAGUGGUCAGACGGAAAGAGUAUAAUACUAUACUUGCAGAAGGUGCAAAUGCGAUUGCAGACUUGCUAGCUGGAUAUCGAACCGAAGAAACUAAGCGACGCGAGGACUUUGUUCGCAAUAUUUUAAAAUCAUUACCAUUUGAAGUAAAAGAUAUUGAAAAUGAAUCGACGACGCAUUGUGAAGUUUCAACUAUCAACUCACAACAGAGCAAGCUGGAUAUCACCCGUAAAGACAUUAUUGACUUUAUCCGGAUUCUUGGACAGUAUUAUGGAUCGUCACAUGUUCAGUCAACAUCGAGAUCUCCUAAAUCCAGCAAUCGUAUAUCGUUCUCCAACAUAUUAGGACGAGGAUCAAGCCCGUCUGACAACUUUCGGCGUAUCAGUAGUACCAAACAAGCAAUUCAGCAGAGCUCUAUUACGCGCGGUACCGAUAAAUUUGUCGACUUAUUACACGUCAUGUCGCAGCAGUUGGAUGGACUUCGGGCAGAGUUUUUCAAAGCAAUGGAAGCGACAUUUUUCUCGAGUAUCACGGACAAUCCUGCUAGCGAAUACAGAGGCUCACCGUUAAGCAAAGAGCGCUCGCUGUUGACGUUUAAUUCCUUGGAAAUUGAGCUUCGUCAGAAAACCAAAGCGCUUAACGUUGCAGAAGAAAAGGCCAAGAAAUACGAAGCUCGGAUUGCUGCACUGGAAAAGACGCUUGAAAAGAAAAGUAUUGGCAACGUAUUAGCCAAUAACAAUGAUGCGCCAAGUAGCCUUACUUUAUCAGCGUAUUCGGUUGUCGAGGAUGGAAGCUCUGGUCGACAGUCGGCUCAGUCGGUCCCUCAUAGAUUUGAUACUACAAACAAGGAGGUUGAUCAACUUAGGGAGAUUGUUCGCGAACAAGAGGACUUGAUAGCAAGUCUGCAAAAACAACUACAUAACGAGCAAAAUCAGAUGGAGAUUGUCAAAGAGCAAAACGAGCAUGAAAAGGAAGAUUUGCGGCUUCAAGUCCAGGAGUUGGAACAGCUACUAGAAGAAGAGAGACAGACGUACGAAGACAACCGUAAGAGUCUAUUGAAAGAAGCUCAAAUCAAGGAUAAUCUUGCCGAUAUUCGAAUAGCAAGUGUCGAAGGAGACUGGCGCGCAAAGCUCCAAGAGUUGCAAACACAAAUAGACCAGCAACACUUAGAAUCCCAAAACCAUAAUGUAGCUUUGGAGCAAACACACCAGGACGAAAUCGAUCGUUUGCAAUCAGAGUAUAAGCAACGAAUUAAGAAGCUUUUAGAAGAGGCAUCAGAAUCAAAAGCACAUAACAGCUUAUUGGAAAGCGAGAACGCACAGAUACGAAAUGAGCUAGAAAAGCUCUCUUUGGAAUACAAAGACUAUCGUGCUUAUGCUGAAAAAGAGAUGAAAACUGCCGAACAACGGCUUGAACAGCUGGAUGAUACGGAGCAGGCACGAGAUGAAAUCAAGCAACAGCUUGCCAAGACUCGAGACAUGGUUACAAGAGCUGAGAAUGACUGGAUGAGUAAACACCAAGCACUUGAAGAGAUUCUGCAGCAGCGACGUAAUACACACAAUGAGCUGGUGGCGCUGAUAGUGAAAUACGGUCGACCGAUUAACUUCCCAGUGGGAGAGGAGGAUAUAGAAACUUUACUAGACAUCCUAAAGGAAAGUCUGGAGACUUUCGCAACCGGAGUAGAAGCCACAAGACAGAAGCUACAGGAUCUUGAGCAAGACCAUGGCCAAGUGGCAUCCAGGAUGGCUGCAUUCGACGAAGAGCGUUUGGAGCUGUAUGCAACAGCCACUCAAAUGGCUGAGAAACUGGAAGAGUUCCGCAAGGGCAUCUUUUACGAGUUGACAAACCAGCUCCAGCUUUCAGUGGAUGAAGAAGAAGCCAGGGCGAUGACUAAAAAGCUCAUCAUAACUGGCGGACAAGACGAUUUGGCGGUGUGGACGCGUGUAUUGCAAGCAGUCGGCAGCGUGGACUCUGACAAGUUUGUUGAACGUAUUCGUACAAAAGUUCGGGAUGCGCACGACCUUACAAGACGAUGGAAACGCGAGUAUAAAGAUCUUCGAGAAAAAUACAACAAAGUCUCAAGUAGUGGACACGAUAAAAUUGCUUUCCGAAAUUUCCAAAUUGGUGAUGUUGCAUUAUUUUUGCCGACUCGAAAUUCCACUGGAAAACCGUGGGCAGCAUUCAACAUUAACGCACCACAUUAUUUCCUGAAGCCAUCCAACAGUGUCGCCCAACAAAUGAAUACGCGGGAAUGGCUUGUAGCACGAAUCACGUCAAUUACAGAGCACACUGUCACUGUUACAGACCCACAAUCAAACCCAUAUGGUCUUUCUGAAGGCUUAACAUACUUUCAUCUUGAAGUGGAACACUGGAAGAGCAACCGACAACGGAAAUCCAAAAAAAUUAGCUCAUCAAGCAAGCAAGCAAACGCUUCAACAACGACAUCGUUCAAAGGCAAGGAAUCAGAAAAUCUCGCAGCCUCUACUACUUCAACGGCAUUCAGCAAAAGUUAUACUACAUCAGCACCAGAUACAGGUUUAGCAAGCAUCUCACCAGAUACCCAGCGCAGCAGCGAGCCAUAUAAUGGAGCGACAGCAUCAGCGCUAUCUUCAUCAUCACUAUCAUCACCCAAUAAUCUAGUACGACCACCAUUUCCAAUGUCACUUUCCUCGUCAAGUGUUGUUCAUAGCUAUGUUCCUCCAAGUUCCCCUCCGAAUAGUGUCCCUGAUCGACGCCAUAGUACUGGGGUUUUCACAACACAACAGCAGCAGCAGCAUAGCCUAUCCAGAUCUCAACAACUACCUGUUGAUUCUACCAUGAUGUGGACUCAGGCACAUCAAUAG